AUGGCGUUGUACUACCUCUCCCUCGCCGCCGUGAACCAGUCGAAGCUCGCGCGCGCCCCGGGACCCUGCUCUCCGUCGCGUCCAACCUCCAACGCCGCUAAGCCGGCGCCCAUCCGUAGGCUGGCACUCAUGGUGGUCUGCAACGUGGCCGCCUGCGCGGAGGGCCGCGCCGCGCCGAUGGAUGCGAGCGCCGUGGCGGCGACGUCCGCCAUCCUCUCCGGCGACUCGGGGCUGAAGAAAUGGUGCGUCGCGGCAUUGUACGCCAUGAGCACGGGAAGCCCGCGGUUCCGGGCGCUCGCCAGGGCGGCCAGCGCGGACAGGCCGUUGAUGCUCAUCGCCGAGCAGGUGAGGCCCGGCGUUCACAAGGACAUGGCGCAGACGCCGCUGCGCAGUGCUGGGCCUGGCCAACAACAGCGAUGACGACCAGAUCUCCGAGUGUAGGAGCAACGAGCAACCAUGGCGGCGGCAAGCAGCCUCGCUGCCACCAAAUCUCUUAGUGCAGGAGCAACGAG